UCUCAAAUGCAUUCUGUGCAAUUGCUUCGAACCAACUUUUAGUGAUUCGAAUUCAAAUCUUAGAAAUAUUUUGAAAUUUCUUCAACAUGAACUCAAACGUAACCCAAAGGAACUGCAUUCUUGGUAGAGGUGACUCAGCAACAAAUGCAAACAGAGAGAUCUUAUCUCAUCUGGCUAGGUCAACUUCAAAGAUUCCUCAACUAGAUGGGCCAAUUCCAGAUCCAUAUGAUGAUGUGCUUUCUACUCCCAAUAUAUACAAUUACCAAGGAGUUGUCAAUGAAGACUACAAUAUAGUGAACGCACCAGCUUCUGAUGUUCAGGCUGCUACCCCUGCUCCUGUUGUUCAAAACGAUGCUGCUGAUGAUGACGAUGAUGAUUUGGAUGAUGUGGACCAGGAAGAGGAGCUGAACAAACAACAUCUAGUUUUGGCUCAGUUGGACAAGCUGCUACUUGGAACAAGCGUGAAUCCUGUUGCACAUAAGCUUUAUGGUAAAUUUUUUUUUUUAACUGAGUUAUAUUUGGGGAUGGGGGAAUGGGAGAGACUCAAACUCGAGUCCGGUGAGAAGCUCCAUGUGGAGAGCAGCCAGUUGCUCUACCUGGAGCUUCUUAAGGUCACGCGUACGAAGAGCCGAUGGAAGUGCACACUCAAGGAUGGAAUUGUCCACAUAAACAACAAGGACAUUCUCUUUAACAAGGCAAAUGGAGAAUUUGAGUUCUAAUUUUGUUAGAGACAUGCCUAUUUAUCAUCAAGUAGCGGUUAAGGAUCAAAUCUGAGUUGUCUUUUGGUCCUACGUAAUUUUUUUUUUUUCCUAAUUUGAGUAUUUGAUAAUCAAAUUGUUUUUAAAUU